AAAUACAAAUAACGGUCACGUUGGUCACUCUGCUGUGAAAUCGCAACACACAAUGGCAACAAUUGCUUAAAUCAAAUUGGAUAGUAAUGCAUGUUAUUUAAAAGAUAGCUAGUGCACGAUAAGGUCUCCAUUACUCGACGUUGACGAUGGUGUAUUACCAAACCAGCUACUCGGUCAAGGCAAUCGUCUUUCUCUGCAUAUGUUCAUUACUUGGAUGUGGUAAUGCGUCUCUGGAAUCUCGUAGCGAAGAUGUUGAAGGUGUUCCAGCCACGUUGCCAGGUGAACUGAAGUUUGCGCAUGUGAUUUUUCGACAUGGCGAUCGAAUGCCACUCGAUCCAUAUCCAACGGAUCCCUGGAAAAACCGCAAGUAUUGGCCAACGGGCUGGGGACAGUUGACUAAUCGUGGCAAGCAACAACAUUAUGAAUUAGGCAAAUGGCUUAGGAAACGUUAUAAUUCGCUGUUGAGCACAAGAUUUGACGUAGAUCAAAUCUACAUACAGUCCACAGAUGUGGACCGCACACUGAUGAGUGCCCAAUCCAAUCUGGCUGGAUUAUACGAACCUAUGGGUGAGGAUGUGUGGAAUGAUCAAAUCAAAUGGCAACCGAUUCCUGUUCACACGAUGCCUGAACAAUACGAUGCGAUAAUCGGUGCCAAGGCAGACUGCCCUGCAUUUGACUAUUAUUUGUCUAUUCUACAAGAGUCUGCGGAGUUUAAGGCGAAGCUGGAACGCUUUAAAGAUCUCUUUUUUUACUUAAGCCAAAAUAGUGGUCGUCCUGUAAAAACCUUUAUGGAGGCACAAUAUCUUAAUAACACAUUGUUUAUCGAGCAAUUGUACAACAAAACGCUGCCAGUGUGGACACAAAAGGUUUACGGGGGCGCUGACUUGACGUAUGUGUCGAAUUUUGCAUUCUCUAUCAAUACUUACACCCGCCAACUGGCACGUCUCAAAACUGGCCCAUUACUUAAAGACAUACUCACGCGAUUCAACAAGAAGAUUGAGAAACAACUGCAUCCGGAUCGUACAGUAUUUGUGUAUAGUGCACAUGACACAACCAUUGCCAACUUGUUGAAUACUCUCAAUCUGUUUCAGCUGCAUAGUCCACCAUACACAGCUUGCAUAAUGUUUGAGCUGCGUGUGGACGAUCAGAAUAAGCCGUUGGUGUCGUUGUUCUAUAAGAACACCACAGCGGAGCCGCUGCCAAUGGAUAUACCUGGCUGUGGUGUAUCCUGUCCACUAGAGAAACUCUUUCAACUGUACGAGGAUGUGCUGCCCGUGGACUGGGAUACAGAAUGCCAGCGCUCAACAUUGACCAUGACUUACGAAGAAGCUAACUUAGGUGCGGCGACAGCCAUGCUCAUAGGUAUCAUAGCUGCUCUGUUGUGUAUUAGCUAUGGCCUAAUGGUCUACUAUCGUCGUCGUAAUUACACAAUGCACACUUCGUAUGGUCAAAUGGCAUAGAUACUCAAAAAAAAAAGACUUUUGUUAUAUCUACCGAAUUGGAACAUUAGAUUUUGUAUCUCAAAUUUUGUUGGUUUCUUGUUGCCAUAAAACAUGUUAAUUAAUUAAUAAUCUUAAUUGGUGCGAGAAUUGUAAAUACGACAUAACUUUGUUAAGCAUUGGAAAUGAAAUUAAUAUGCGCUCUGGUUAUUGUUGUUUAUUUAAAGCAUAUGGAAAACAAAGACUGUGAAUGAUUAUCCUGAAGUAUCUGACACAUUUUGAACACACGUUACACAUGUGUUAAUUUUAUAAAUCAAUAUAUAUAUAUAUAUAUAUACGAUAUUACUUAUGUGCAUUUACGAGUAUUGUAGACUUGUAUAAAAAAAACAUCUUGAUGUAUAAAUAAAAGACACCUUUUGUGAAAAACUAUAUGAAAUGAAA